AUGGCCUCCGACUCUUGCAGGAGUUGGUUACUACUGAUACUUCUUGCGCUCUUCAGCAACUUCAUUGCAACUAUCGAAGCCAAGACAGUUGUGGUGACAGCCCAUACCACAGUGGAAGUGGCAUCAACCGUGCAAGGGACGCCCGCCAUUCCCAGUCCUGCCUCGUACACAUCGAUUCCUGAUUUCAAAGACACCGUUCUUCGGGUUACGAAUGAAUAUCGAAAAGCCCACGACGCAGACCCUUUAGUCUGGAAUGAUACGUUGGUCGAAUAUUCUCGCAAAUGGACGCAGGCUUGUAUCUGGAAACAUUCGGAUGGCCCAUACGGGGAAAAUUUAGCAUUUGGUUAUCCCAAUGCUUCUUCAGCAGUAGAAGCUUGGGGCGAUGAGAGAGAAUACUAUAACUUCGACAAACCAACCGGAUUCAGUGAAAAGACUGGCCAUUUCACGCAACUGGUGUGGAAGUCCACGACGGAAGUGGGAUGUGCUGCGAUAAACUGUGGAGAUACCGAAGACGAUAAAGUACGAAGAGAUGCUGGCGAUAGCAGGGAAAGUCGAAUUGUUCCGAGAGAGCCUGAUGGUAGCACACGGGCGCAGGGUUGGUACGUGGUAUGUGAAUAUAAGCCAGCAGGUAAUGUGGUCGGCAGUCACAAUGCAUACUUCAAGAAGAAUGUGAAGCCAAGCGAGAAAUCAUCUUCUCCAACAACGUCCGCUACUACAACAUCGAAGAACCAACCAACAGGAGGGGCGGUAACGAAGGCUGGGAUAAGUUCCACAAUGUGGGCAACUUUGCUGGCUCUCGGGACUGUCGCUAUUGGGAUGAGUCUGUAUACUUAG